AUGGUGCUAACGAGGGCGUGGAGGUGGGUGAUAACUGCUGCGUUGGCGAUGGCCGCGUCCCUGAGAUGCGGCUCGGGGAAUUGUUGCAACAUUCGCUCGGCUCUCAACUCCUCGGGCAGCUUCACCUUCAUCCCCACCACUUCCUUCAGUAGUGGAUUCAACGGCUGGCUGGGCAAUAAAGCCUCGUCGCCUGUUGGAAGUCGUUCUCCCAUCCUCGGCCUCUCCCCACAGCUCGCUGCCGCCCGCCUCUGCCACCUCAUGAUGCAUGUGGCGGUUGGUGGCGGUUCCCCGGUGCCGUAUUCGUCGCGGCCCUUUGGCGUGGCGUCUGCUGCGCUUGUCUCGCCGGUGUUGUCGGCGCCAGUGGCCCCUGUUGCGGCAAUGUCUGCCGCGGGUUCUCCUGCUCACCGCCACCUCCAGUGGAUCCUGCGGCGCUCCCUGUGGGCUCCCUCGUCUGCACCUGUCCUUCCCCGGCUGUGCAGUAGCGUAACUCCCGUCCUCAUUCGCCCUCCCCAAGAGAUGAGCGAGAUGUGCCUCGGCGUCAGCGAGAUUCCCCUCGCCGGCGGCAGCCGCAGACAAACUGGCAUGCACACCAGGGUGGCUGGGGGGGAGGUCGCGGUCGCAGGCGUGGCGGGUGGCUGGGCGCGCCCUCGAUAA